GAGUGCAUGUGCCUAAUAAGAACGGACUCUUUUCAAUUGACUUCGUUUUGUUACUCUAUUUUAUUAUUUCUAAGAAAGUUUUACAUAUCUGAGUGGAGAAAAGUAUGCCGAAUCUAAUGGUGAGAAAAUUAAUUAUUUUGAAUUGAAACUGAUUGAGUUAUGGCCAGUAGUAUGAGUUUGGAUCCAUGCAUUUUUAAUAAGUACAUAUUACCUAGCAAGAACGGUAAGCAAAAUUCUGCUCCUAAUAAGAAUACAUCCAUUCAAAUGCAAGAGAAACGCUGGGGUUUUGCGAAAAAACCUUCUUGCUACCUCAGCUUCGAAAACAGCCUCAAACUCCUGCAAUAAAAAAUGUUCAGUUCUCUCUGCACAACAGACUGACAACUAUUGAAUUUUGAUGCAUGUUCAUUCGUCCCUAAAAUGAGCCACUCCAGAAACUAGUGAGUUUUCCUUUCUGGCGUCAGUUUCAUUAAAAAAUUUGUUAAGUUAAAUCUUAACUUAAGUUUUUUAUGAUGAAACUGGCUCUUGACUACUUUUGUUCGUUAAAAAAAUCAACUUCACCAUUUUCUGAAUAACUCAAAAACGAAAGCUGAUAGAGAGUUCAGUUUUUCACCAUUCAGAAAAAGAGACUUUGAUCUUGUUUUGUGAGAAACCUUCAUUCAAAAGUGGUUUUUUAAAUAGCUUUUCUCGGAAUUUUUUGAAAAACUAGAUCACCGUUCAAAAACUUCAAAUAGAAACAUUUUCAUUGUUUUUCAUGGAUAGACAGCUCAAACUAUGCUCUUCAAAAUGGAGUCAAACGAGAUAUUUUUUGAAUAAGCUCUGAAUUCUUUAAUAUUAGAUGACAACAGCGUAGUGUGAGUAGCUUGAUGAUGUCGGAAUGAAGCUGCUUUAACGUACUUUAUAUGAUGACGAGCUAGAAUAGUGAAAACCUUCGGGAUCUUCGGGGUUGUUCUCAAAAUCGAAUGCUGCAAAGAGCUGUUUUCAGAACUUUCACAGUUAUAGGCGUGCGGCACUUGGCUACAAUGCUACUCUGGAACUAUCAAAUGAUGUGGAUCGAUAUGUGCACCUUCUAUUCAUAUAGGCAAAAAGCCCAAAAUAUUUUGCUUCCUCCAAAACAGAUCUUCACUAAGUCUUUUCAGUUUUAUUACACAAUAAACAUGGCUACAAAAUUCAGAAUGGUUGAUCUAUGCUUGCAUUCAUUCCCAAGUCUAACAAAGCAUCACUAAGCAGUAAUCGUGAGUCAUAGUGGACAUUUAUGCGACCAUUUAGCACAGGAAUGAAAAUAAUCUCUUUUCUAUAUGACAAGAAAGUACAGAAUUCUGUAUUGUAUUUAGCUGGGGCUAAAAACAAACACCGGUAUAAAUGAUAAAAACUAUUAACUAUUCAGUUGACGCAGAAAAUGAAUUUUCAAUCAAGUAUUAGUAAAUCGGAGAUUAACGUGACUUGUAAAUCUCUGGACUGAACUUUGAUAUACCAUCAUUGUUUUCGUGUGUAUACAGCAUAUUUUUCAUUUUCUAACAAGUUUGAUGGUACAUGAAAGAUUUGGGAUGUGUUUAUCUCUUGGGCAUAUGUGUGAGAAUGAAAGAGGGCCAUAACAAGUGCAAUGCGACACAUGACUAUGAUAAAGAACAGAAGAAACAAAAAUUACAAUUAAUUAUUAAUUUCUUAUUUCAAAGUUGUUUUGUUUUAUGAUGAAGAAACGUAAUAUAAAUCAGAACAGCUUUUCAAGAAUAACAGAAAAUUAAACUCUAUAUCCUUUGUACAAAAAUUUUAUUAAACACCAAUUCGAAAGACAAAAGCACAAUAUAGAAAACAUUGGUAAGGCUAUGUUUUUUUUUAUGUUAUCUUGAACUGUGAGUAGAGCUAUUCUUUUGUCCAACGAUUAGAGGAUGAAAAUGAUCGGUUAGUUAUUGAUAAAGACCGUUGGCGUGUCCAAAUUUUUUGUCUAAUUUCAACUCUGUUUCAGCUUUUUUAGUUACCUGACAAUGUAUGAAGAAACACUCUAUUUUAGAAACUCAGAGGAAUUUAAAUCACCAUAUAAAAAAUUGCGUCGAACAUUGUCGGCAAAAACUGGUGAACGAUUUCGAUUAAAAUCUCAAUUGAAGGAUAAUACAAAUACGAAUAAUAUGCAUGUGUCACCUGAACAAUCGAAAACAGUUUAUUUAAAUCAACUUUAUUUACGUUGGAAAUCUCACUUGUUCAAUCCAUCCAUAAAAGAGCAAAAGAAACAAGCAGAAUGUGAGUUCGAUAAAAUUGAACUUCGUGAGCGUUUAACAGAAGUAAUCAUUGAUCAGACACAUUCAAAACCAAUAUAUUUUUAUUCAAGUGAUGAUAAUACAGAUGUUGAAUUAUUUUCUAUGUGUGUACGAAGAUGUCAUCGAAAUGCAAUUUGUAAAAUGAUCGAUAGUCUUGAAUAUGAUGGUCAAUUAAAUGAAUUUCAAUAUGUAGUCGAAGAUAUCAUGAUUGAGAUUAAACUGAAGCAAAUUGGAAUAUAUUAA